AUGAAUAUUCAUGUUAAAUACUUCCACCUGGGAGUCUCUCAUAUUUUAUCUAUUAUUCGUCGUGAAUAUUGGAUCGAAAACGGUAGACAAGCUGUCAUGAAAGUGUUGAACGAAUGCGUUAAUUGCAGACGAGUCGACGGUGGUCCGUUCAUCAUUCCUGAUCUUCCUCCUUUUCCUACUGAACGAGUCUCAAAAGUUAUUCCUUUUACUUACGUUGGUGUCGAUUAUUUUGGUCCUUUAUAUGCGAAAUGUUGUGGAAAUGUCAAGAAAUUCUUCGUCGUUAUUUUCACCUGUUUAACUGUCCGAGCUAUUCAUUUGGAACUUGUCGAAAGUAUGAAAGCUACUGAUUUCCUAAUUGUUUUUCGUCGUUUUAUUGCGGAGAGAAACAUGCCGAAAAAGAUCAUUUCCGAUAACGCCGCACAAUUUAAGAAAUUUAAAUCUUUUAUCGAUCACGUUUGGAGAGAAAAUUUAAGAAAAAAUAACGAAUUUGUUUCCUUCUUACUCGAAAAUAACAUCGAAUGGAACUUUAUUCCUGAAAAUGCUCCCUGGAUGGGAGGUGUCUACGAGCGUUUGAUUCUGUCAGUUAAGAAAUGUAUAAAAAAGUCAGUUUCUGGCAUGGUUAAUUUUGAAAACUUGAGAACAACGUUAAAAGAAAUUGAAAAUGUAUUAAACUCAAGGCCGCUCACAUACAUUUCUGGUGAUCUCGAAGAUGUCAUCACUCCAGCCCAUUUUAUUUAUAAUCGAAGUCACAUUUCAGUCGGCAAUGAAUUGGGUGUUAUUAAUACGAGAUCCGAAUUAGCUAAUCUUUGGAAUUCAUCUAAAAGAAUUUUAGAAUCAUUUUGGUCCAUCUGGUACAAAGAUUACUUAUCCAAUUUACGCAAAAAGGAUAAUUCCAUUCAAAGAAACGCUGUUUGUCGAGUACCAAGUGUUGGAGAGCCGGUAUUAAUUGAAGAGGACGUUUUGAGAGGAAAAUGGAGGUUAGGUGUAGUUGACCAGCUUCAUAUUAGCAGUGACGGAAAUAUUCGUUCAGCAAACAUUAAAGUCAAAACUGGUAUAUUAACGAGACCCAUUAAAAAACUGUACCCUUUAGAACUUAAUUUUAAUUAA